AUGAGAUUCACCGAAUCCAAUCUAGAAUAUUCCGUUCCUCUUCGAAGACAGCUUUCCGGCGAGACUCAACAACUUCAUGCUCUUGGAGACGCCGUUCACUCAAAUAACACCAGGGAAGUAGGAAAUGAGAAGAGUAGAGAAGAAAAGCGAGAAGAAGGACUAGCGCGAGCAAGAGCUGCAAUGCGCUUAGCUGGAAAGAAUCUCACUACGCCAACAACACACGAUAACGACAUUCCCGCUGGAACUGUUUAUCGUAACCCUAGCAUAUUUUACCAGAGCUACUUGGAGAUGGAAAAGAUAUUUAAGGUAUACGUAUACCCAGAUGGGGACCUACCAAUUGUUCACGACGGCCCGUGCAAGGACAUAUACUCGAUUGAAGGGAGGUUCCUUCAUGAGUUGGAAUAUGGGGUUGGGAGGUUUAGGACCAACGACCCCACUGCGGCUCACGUUUACUUUCUUCCAUUCAGCGUCACAUGGAUGGUCAAGUACCUCUAUACACCAGACUCUUACGACGUAACUCCUUUAAAGCAUUUUGUCUCUGAUUUCGUGAGAGUGAUAUCUACCAAGUACCCCUUCUGGAAUAAAACUCGUGGUGCCGACCACUUCAUGGUUGCUUGUCAUGAUUGGGGUCCUUAUGCAUCAGACGGAAACCCUUACCUCUACAACACCUCCAUCCGUGUCUUAUGCAAUGCCAACACUUCUGAAGGCUUCAACCCUCUAAAGGAUGUACCUCUACCGGAAAUCCACCUCCACGGAGGCGAAGUAUCCCCUAAACUCCUUUCACCUCCACCGGACAAUGCUCCACGCCGCUAUACUGCCUUCUUCGCCGGUGGCAUGCACGGCCCAAUUCGACCCAUCCUGCUCCACCACUGGAAAAACCGAGACGACGAUAUACGUGUCUACGAGUAUCUCCCGAAAGACCAAGACCUAGACUACUAUUCCUUCAUGCUCAAUUCCAAGUUCUGCCUUUGUCCAAGUGGGUAUGAAGUGGCUAGCCCCAGAAUCGUGGAGUCAAUUUACGCCGAAUGUGUGCCCGUUAUCCUGUCAAAGAAUUAUACGCUUCCCUUCAGUGACGUGCUGCGAUGGGAGGGGUUUUCAGUGCAGGUGGAUGUUUCAGAUAUUCCAAGGUUGAAAGAGGUGCUCAGUGCAAUUUCAGAGAGAGAGUACCGAAAGCUCAAGAAUGGAGUAACGGCUGUGAGGAGACAUUUUACUCUGAAUCAACCGGCUAAGAGAUUUGAUGUCUUUCACAUGAUCUUACAUUCCAUAUGGCUCAGGAGAUUAGACAUAGAUCUCCGAUAAUUUGUCCUCAUUCUCAAGCAUAUAGUUAAGUAAAUAUUUAGUGAUUUGUGUUUUUCUUUUUUUAGAGU